AUGAGCGGUCUGAGCAAGGUGCAGGCAGAACGCAACCAGCGUGUCGUCAUUGAGCUUGCACAACAGCCUGGCAACGAUGUCUGCGCGGACUGCAAGGCACGACUACCGAGAUGGGCGAGCUGGAAUUUAGGUAUAUUCUUGUGCGUACAAUGCGCGAGUGUGCACAGGAAGAUUGGGACGCAUAUUACCAAAGUGAAGAGCUUGACAUUGGACAGUUGGACGCGUGAGCAGGUCGAUAGCAUGAAGAAUAUGGGCAACAUCAAGUCGAAUGCAUACUACAACCCCGACGAACGACGUAACCCCCCUCCAACAAACAUGGAAGACACAGAGCGGGACAGCGAGCUCGAGAAGUUCAUUCGCGCGAAGUACGAAUACAAGAAAUUUCUUGCUCAUCCAGGUUCGGCGGCGGCGCAGGCAGAGAAGAAGGCGAAUGGGCUAUUGCCGCCUCCUCCCCCAAAGGACCAAGUGCCUAGGAGCAAGACGGCCCCUCCGCCCCAGGCGCUGGCGAACAAGCCCAGCCCACCACCUGUGCCGGCGAACGAGAGCCCCGCGCGUAUGCCCUCAUUCGCUCAGCAACCACCGUCCACCCAGUUCCAGCCUCAACCUCCACCGCCUCAGCUGGGGAUGAGGCCAAUGUCAUCUGCGCCAGCGUUUCCUCAGCAGCCGAGGAUCCAGCUUCCGCCGCAGAUGCCUCCCCGCCCGUCAGCGCAACCUCCUACACCCUCCGUUCUGCCGCCUAGUAGCCCAGUGUACGGCGAUAUGAUGGCCCUCCAGACUGGUGGACCUUUGCCUCCAUCCGUCAACCCUAUGGUAGGGCAGUCGAUGUCUAUGCCACCCAUGGGAGCGGCGCCAAACCCCUUCCAGGCGCUGCAGCAAUCAGGAACGCCCACGUACCCUUCUGCAUUCAACACCUUAGGAAGGAGUCCUUCGAGGAGUGUCUCCCUCCCCGUUGGCGCACCAACACUCGCCAUGCAGGCAACAGGGAUAAACCCCUUCUUCGCGCAACAGCAGCAGCGACAAUCAAUGCAACAGGGUGCGCUCUUACAAGGUACGCCGACUACCGGAUAUCUACCCACGCCACCCGCGAUGCCCUCGUCUUUCGCCCUGCCAAGCGCCAACGUGCCACCCAUCAACAUUCCCCCUGUUCAGCCCCAAGCAACGGGAUACUUCCCCUCCCCGCAGUCUACAGGUUACCUUCCUCCCUCCCCAUCUGCUGGCUUCCUGGGACCUCAACCAAGCACAUCUCCCUUCUCUGCGGCGUACGGCUCGUCCGCCCCCUCGACCUCCCCAUUCCCGCAGGCAUAUCCACAGUCUUCCCCAUCUCCGUUCGGAAAUAUCCAGCAGCCAGCGUUCACAGGGACACCAACAGGGUACGGCGCCCCUCCGACUCCAUUUAGUCAGGUUGGAGGGGGAAGUCCGUUUCCCCAGCCCCAGCAAGCGCAGCCGCAACAGGGGAAUCUGGGUGCAUUCGCGAGCGGGAUGAUGCCUCGGAACAGUACGAACCCGUUCCAACGUUGA